AUGCGCGGCCCGGGGUCUCGGGGCGUUGCUGGGAAACAUCUGCCGACGGUUGCGGCGGGCACCGGCCGACAUGGCGGCGGUGGCGGCGGCUGCGCUGGCGCGGCUUGUGGCGGCCUUUCUGCUCCUCGCGGCCCAGGUGGCCUGUGAGUACGGCAUGGUGCACGUGGUCUCCGAGGCUGGGGGCCCCAGAGGCAAAGACUACUGCAUCCUCUACAACCCGCAGUGGGCCCAUCUGCCACAUGACCUCAGCAAGGCGUCUUUCCUGCAGUUGCGCAACUGGACGGCCUCUCUGCUCUGCUCCGCAGCGGACCUCCCUGCCUACGGCUUUGGCAACCAGAUCCCGCUGGUGGCCCGGGGGAACUGCACCUUCUAUGAGAAAGUGAGGCUGGCCCAGGGCAGUGGAGCACGCGGGCUGCUCAUCGUCAGCAGGGAGAGGCUGGUACGGCCCUGCGCCCCCACCGCUGAGCCAGCUCUCAGGGGCAGGAGGGGGGUGCAGGAGGCAGCAGCGGCAGGGGCUGGUCUUCUGAUUUAUCGCUAAAGGCAGGCCGUCUGUGGGGAGGAUCCGGGCUGAGUGUGGCUGUGGAGAGGGCAGAGAUGAGUCUGUUCUUUCUGUGCUGCUGGCUGGGGCUGUGGAACUCUGGCCGUGGUCUUGUUGGUUGCUUGUCCUAGAGCAGCACCCGGGGUGACGGAAACCACACUCUCCGUAGGGAUGGGAUUGGGGUGUCUUCUGAGGAGCAGAUGGCCUGGCCCUGAACUGGUCCCUUCUGGGGACCCUGGUGCCCUGGCUCUCGAGCCAGUGGGGCUGUGCUCACCUGUGUGGUCCUAGCCAGGUGGCCUGAAGCCCAACCCCUUUUCUAUCUUCUGUGAAAUGGGCUGUGGUUGAGAGCUGGGGGCCUGGCAAGGCUGGUCACAGCAGGGGACACGCUGACUGCUGGGCUGGGCAGGGUGCGCAGUGCCCCUGAAGUGUAGUUUUGGGGUAAGAAGAAAAUGGAGUGCAGGAAUUCCCUCACUGCCCUGCCCGUGGCUCUGGGCUGCCCCCGCCAGUGUUGCAGCCUGAGCCUGGCCACCCGGGGGGGCCUGGGGCAGGGUCUCAGGGCUGAGGCCAGAGCAGGCCGGGCAGAGCCGAGGGUGUCAUCCCCGUCUGCACGUGCUGCCGCCAUUGAGAGAGGCCCUCAGUGGGUGUGGGGCUCAAGGUGGCCUCGUGGGCAGGCGUGGGCUGUGACAAGUGUCACUCAGGAUGCGUGUGUGCGGUUAGAGAGUCCCACGGCUGGGGGAGGGAUUGGCUCUCUUAGGCCCGGGGCCCUGUUGUCGAGUGAAGAAGGCUUGAUGCCCUUGGGCCUCCCUGUGCUUGGGUCCUCCUGGGAGGCCGGAGGCUGUCAGGUGCAGAGGAGGAGCAGACAGGCGCCCCCUGCCUGGCCUGAGCCUCGAGUGAGGGUCCCAGGAGAGGAGGCAAAUGGGCACAGAGCUGGGGGCCCACCCAUUGCUGCGGGUGAUGCCUGCCGCUCCCUCCUCUGGGCCCCCAGGUCCCCCCGGGGGGCAAUAAGACGCAAUUUGAUGAGAUUGGCAUUCCUGUGGCCCUGCUCAGCUACAAAGACAUGUUGGACAUCUUCAGGGCAGCGUUUCGGCCGCAUGGUGAGGGUGGCGCUGUACGCGCCUCAUGAGCCAGUGCUGGACUACAACAUGGUCAUCAUCUUCAUCAUGGCCGUGGGCACUGUCGCCAUCGGUGGCUACUGGGCCGGGAGUCGGGACGUGAAGAAAAGGUACAUGAAGCACAAGCGUGAGGACGGGCCCGAGAAGCAGGAGGACGAGGCGGUGGACGUGACGCCAGUGAUGACCUGCGUGUUCGUGGUGAUGUGCUGCUCCAUGCUGGUGCUGCUCUACUACUUCUAUGACUUCCUUGUGUACGUGGUCAUCGGGAUCUUCUGCCUGGCGUCCGCCACCGGCCUGUACAGCUGCCUGGCGCCCUGUGUGCGGCGGCUACCCUUCGGCAAGUGCAGGAUCCCCAACAACAGCCUGCCCUACUUCCACAAGCGCCCGCAGGCCCGUAUGCUGCUCCUGGCGCUCUUCUGUGUGGCUGUCAGCGUCGUGUGGGGUGUCUUCCGCAAUGAGGACCAGUGGGCCUGGGUCCUCCAGGACGCCCUGGGCAUCGCCUUCUGCCUCUACAUGCUGAAGACCAUCCGUCUGCCCACCUUCAAGGCCUGCACGCUGCUGCUGCUGGUGCUGUUCCUCUACGACAUCUUCUUCGUGUUCAUCACGCCCUUCCUGACCAAGAGUGGGAGCAGCAUCAUGGUGGAGGUGGCCACGGGGCCCUCAGACUCAGCCACCCGGGAGAAGUUGCCCAUGGUCCUGAAGGUGCCCAGGCUGAACUCCUCGCCUCUGGCUCUGUGUGACCGGCCCUUCUCCCUCCUGGGUUUUGGGGACAUUUUGGUGCCAGGGCUGCUGGUGGCCUACUGCCACAGGUUCGACAUCCAGGUACAGUCCUCCAGAGCAUACUUCGUGGCCUGCACCAUCGCCUAUGGCGUUGGCCUCCUGGUGACGUUCGUGGCGUUGGCCCUGAUGCAGCGUGGCCAGCCCGCUCUCCUCUACCUGGUGCCCUGCACGCUGGUGACAAGCUGCGCCGUGGCACUCUGGCGCCGGGAGCUGGGCGUGUUCUGGACGGGCAGCGGCUUUGCGGUGAAUACCAGUUUGCUCUGACUGUGAGAAACAGUCGCCUAGUGAGCCAUAACUAGACUUAAAAAAGUCCUACCUCCAUCUCCGUGGGCCCCAGCGCCAGCCGACAGCCUGCAGCCUCCCAAAGACUCGGCCACACCACUCUCCCCGCAACCACCCAGCAAAGAACCAGCCACGUCUCCCCAGCCUGCUGAGCAGUCCCCAGAACCAUGUAUGCCUGAGGAGAUGGGGGCUGGAGCCCCCAUGCAGGAGCCUGGGAGCCCAGCUGAACCCGAGGGCCAGGACCAGGCCCAGCCGUGCCCGGUAGCCCAGCCUGGCGCCUUGGCCUAGGGGAGGGGUGAGACGCUCGCUGCCGUGCCCGCCAUACCAAGAUGUUGGGGCUGCCUGGCACCCACUGGAGACAGAUAGACAGAUGCCUGUCCCCAGGACUGAGGCCUGUGCUGUCCCCACCAGCCCCAACAUGGUGCUCAUCCUUGCCAAGACCCCCGUGGUCCGUGCUCGCGCCCAGCCCAGCUGCCCCAGCUGCACGUCUGCUGCUCCAAGCUCGCCCGGCUGCCACAAGCCCUCUGCGGGUCCAUCCUUCUCCCCACUGGAGUCCGUCCUCGCAGGCCCUGCCCGGCCUCUCUGCAGACCCUGAAGCGCCGUCUGCAUGAGUGAGCAGGCGUGGGUGGACUCUGGCCACAGACACACUUGGUGCUCACCGGCCGCUUCGUCCUUCAGGUGACCUUCCUCCCCGCGGCAUCCUGUUCUCGGGCAGAGGAGCAGCUUUCUGGUCCCAGAUGGCAUCGCUUUUCCCCCUCGAGCAGAUCGGAGCCCCUGGGAGGUUUGGAAGCCACCUCCAAGCCUAGGACACGGCCUGGUGGCCGGGGCAGCAUCGGACCCUGACGCUGGCUGAGACAGGCCUGUGGGGCAGGGUUUCGGGGCGUGAAUGAGGCUGGCAGUGAGUGGGCAAGCCGUUCCCCUGGCUCCGACCCCGACCUGCCCUCAGCCGGAGGCACCUGGCCGUGCCUGCACACUCCUCCCCGUUUUAAUAAACAGUCGCAACUUCUAGAAGUCCUGCUGUCGCCACCUGGUGGGGUGGACCUCUCAGACUGCCCUUUUGACAAGCAGGGGUGGGCGCCAGGCAGGCUGGGUCAGGCCCUCGGGGGCCCUGGAGCCCUGGGAGGGAGGGACUGGGCCGUGGGAGGUCCCGGCUGCUCCCGGCACCCAACCUCGCUCCCCGUGUGGGCCCUGUGUUGCUUUUCCGCCGAGAGGGGCUUGGGCCUCGGUUCUCCCUGUGGCAGCGGCAUUGGUGCGUGGUUUUUAACCCCCUGGACCCAACAUCUAGGAGCUUCUGGAACCCACGAGGACAUCUGCCGCUGGCGUGGUCUACUCACUGAUGAGGUUCUCCUGACUCCGGGGCAGAGACAUCCAUGCAGGAACUGACAGGCAUGGCCCCAGGCCCCGGCAUCCUCCCCUCGCUGCACGUGGUCACUUCCGAAGCAGUGCUCCCCGUGGCCGCAGCGACAGAGCCUGCACCUUGGCUGUCUGUGGCGCCAGGGCCCCAGCUCUCGCCUGCCACCCGCCCUGUCCACGCAGCCUCCAGACUCGAGUCUAGAAUCUGUUUCUGUCAAGCCAGUCACCCCCAGCUGCACACGGGGACUGCUGAGCGCUGCGCUCUCACGGGUCUGUUCCGGUCAGAGAGUGGCAGGGGUGAGCCCCGAUCCCUUCCAAAAAAUACCAGCUUCCCAGGGAGUAAUGGCACCUUCACUGAAGCCAUUUUGUACAUGGGGACAGGGUGGGGACCUCUCUUUUUUGGUGUUGGACGUUGGACCAGUGGGGAGGGAUUCAGAGGCGGCGGUCCUGUCCUUGACUCCGUCUGUCCGUGUGGACUUGCUGCCGUUCAGUCUGAUCAUUAAACACAGCUUUUGAUACA